UGUUUGCGACUCGAUAUAGAACAGAGUGUUCUCUGUGUUGCGCUCAGUAAUCGCAUUGUUUUCAGAAGGUGAAAUCUGGACAGGAGUCGCGAAUCAUGAAGCCCCACUUGACCCUGACGACUGUAAUCGGCAUUCUUCUGAUCCUAGACGCAGCACACGCGCAAAAGCAUCGCUUACGAGUAAAUCGAGAUUGCGAAUGUGGACUGACAGGAGGAAUAUCUAAUCGUAUUGUCGGCGGAAAAAUAACGAUUCCACAUAUAUUUCCUUGGGUUGUGGCCAUAUUUAACAAAGAUAGUCUCCACUGCGGAGGCACAUUAAUUAAUAAUCAAUAUGUAUUAACAGCUGGACAUUGUGUUCAAUGGACGAAUCAUGCCGAUCUCUCGGUCGGUGUAGGUGUGCAUGAUAUUGAAAACCCAAAUGAUGGAUACAUAGCCGCAAUCGAAGAAAUAAUUUUACAUGAAGAUUUCGAGAGUGAUUAUCUCCAUGAUACAAACGACAUUGCCUUGAUUCGACUGCAGGAGCCGGUUAAAAUCGAUGAAAACGUGAGACCUGCAUGUCUCCCACAUAAAGAUUCUGAUUAUACGGGACAGUAUGUCAAAGUUACCGGAUGGGGACGUGUCCAAGUGGAAGGAGAACCUUCCCGAUUUCUUCGUCAAGCUACUCUGAAAGUAAUGUCCUUCGCAGCAUGUAAGAAUACUUCAUUUGGAGAUCAUAUCACGGAAUCGAUGAUGUGUGCUUACAAUGACAAUACUGAUGCAUGUCAGGGUGACAGUGGUGGACCUCUUUUAUAUCAAAGAAUAGAUGGGAAAUAUGAAGUAGUCGGUAUAGUCUCUUGGGGUAUUGGAUGCGCUGAUCCUGGAGUCCCAGGUGUAUACGUCAAAAACUCGGAUUAUAUAAACUGGAUAAGGUACCAUAGUAGAGAUGGUAUUUUCUGCGUGGAUAGAUAGGUUUCCAUGUAA